GAAACUUUGCCCCCUUGUGUGCUGGUGGUCAGUGGAACUUUGCCCCCUUGUGCUGGUGGUCAGUGGAACUUUGCCCCCUUGUGCUGGUGGUCAGUAGAACUUUGCCCCUUUGUGUGCUGGUGGUCAGUGGAACUUUGCACCUUGUGCUGGUGGUCAGUGGAACUUUGCACCUUUGUGCUGGUGGUCAGUGGAACUUUGCCCCUUUGUUCUGGUGGUCAGUGGAACUUUGUCCCCUUGUGCUGUGUUUUUUUUUUUCUCAAA